AUGCUGAUAUAUACGGUAUUUCAGAAUGAACGUCUACUCCGCGCAGUGCAGCAACACGGCCGUCGUUGGCUGGAUAUCCGUAACCAAUACCUCCCUCUGCGAUCUCCAAAUGCCCUGAAGAACCAAUAUUCAAUUCUUAUGCGCCGCCAUGAAAGGAAUCUUGCAGCUGUGGGAAAGAAGACCCAGAACGUAAUGGACAUCCCUCCGAGCUAUCAUUCAACCUCAAUGAGCACACCAAAAAACCCCAGUAGCCGUACUGGGUCAAAAAAAUCUCGCAAAACUCACUGCGGGUCUGAGACCUAUAUUAAAGCAGAACCAGAUGACGAUUUUAUGGACUCGUUUUAUGGAGAACCUGAGUUCAAGCCCACCACGGACUAUGGCUUUGUUGGAAAAGGGGUCACGACGCCUGACCCAAUUGCCAGUCCAUACGCUGGAUUCCUCAAACAAGAAGAGGUAUCACUGACUGAAUACGACACACCAUUUUAUACUUCGAGCCUCGGACCACAGUACGAAGCCAGCGCUAUUCAGAUACCCCACAUGGAUGCCAGUAUCCCAAGAAAUACCACUGAAGACAUGUGGAUGGCAUAUCCCACAUCGCCAAGCUCAACAGCACCUAGCGAUGGUGAUCUCGGCGGUCUCCCUCACAGAGAUCAAUGGGGCUACAGCGUGACAGGCAUACCACUGCAAGACCAAAAUGCACUUGCGACAUACGCAUACAGCGGUUACCAUUGA